GAAGUUUGCACAAGUUGCGCCUGUAGCAAACAUGUUGUACGGUGCUUAGCAGUCCCAUAUUAUGCUGCCAGUUCUGCUUUGCCCAUAUGUUUUCAAAUCCCUAAUUGACUAUUGAAAAUCAGGUUGUAAAAAGCAUUUAUCAAGGAAGGUUUUACAUUAAAUUUUAGAUUCAGAAGUUCAGCGGAAUGAAUCAAUCGCUCGCUAAGUGUUAGCUUCAUCUUUCCUUGGAAACUUGGAUAUCCUUUGUGCAUCUCGCUCACGUUUGUUUAGUCGAUGUUUCCAGCAUAGUUUGUGAGCCGUGGAACAUGGCGGAAGCAGCGACUGUAAUCAAGAUCGCCUAUACAUCCAUGCCGGCUGACAGGACCCUAAAAACAUCUCCACUCCAAAACACAGAAUCUCUACGAGUAGUUUCCAUGGCCGUGCCCGGGGAAAGCCUGCGAGGAGCAAAGCGAAAAUCCAGUGUGGAGCGGGAUGAAGCCGAUCGCUUACAAGCAGCCGCUCGCAGCAGCGUCAUCAAAGAAACAAGAAAAGUAGUCGUACAGCAGCAAGUAACCCAUACGGAUACCGCUGCUGUUCUUCCCGUGGACAAUCAUCCACGAAUAGAUUUUUCCAAAUUUCAACGCAAUUCUCGAGCAGAAAAAGAUGCUUUCGUCGCGUUCACAACCAAAAGAGAUCAUGUUACUUGGUGUUUACCGGAGCGGUAUCAGUUCAUCGAAACAAUUGGACAUGGCUCCUUCGGAUUCGUUAUAAAGGCGCGGGAUAAUAUCACGAACCAGUUGGUUGCAAUCAAGAAGCUAGGACGCCCUUUCCAGACCGAAAUAGAUGCUCAACGCGCGUUACGAGAGAUGCGUCUUCUGGAUGUUCUGAAGCAUAAGGGUCUGAAGCAUGACAAUAUAAUUUCUUUACUCGACGUGUUUACCCCGCAACGGACGUACAAAGAUUUCCAAGAUAUCUACAUGGUCAUGCCUUACGCCGGACAUAAUCUAAUGGAUAUUAUUCACUUGGAUGUUUCGAAGCAGCGACCUUUAGACAAUGCUGACAUUCAGUUUAUAAUCUACCAAAUCCUGCGCGGAUUAAAAUAUAUCCAUUCGGCUGGCGUGAUUCAUCGGGAUUUGAAGCCACAAAAUAUCUCCGUAACAGAGGACAACGAAGUAUGCAUUCUGGAUUUUGGUUUGGCAAGGAAGACCAGCUGCGAAAUGACUGGAUAUGUGAUGACCAAAUGGUGGCGCGCACCGGAAGUGAUCUACAAGUGGACUCAUUAUACGCAAACUGUGGAUGUAUGGUCAGUUGGAUGCAUAAUGGGUGAAAUGGUAAACAAAGAGCCAUUGUUCAAAAGUGAUAAUGCUUUGAAUCAUCUUCGAAAAAUUCUCCAGUUACUCGGCAGCCCAAAUCAAGAGUUUUUGGAAAAAGUCGAAUGCCCAGAUACUCGAGACCAUCUGGUCUCCCACAAGUACGAAGCGAAAGAUUUUCGCCAGACAUUUCCCACUUUAAGCGAGAAAGGCGUUGAUUUGCUCAAACGGAUGCUGGAUAUUGAUCCCGACAGGCGUAUUACGGCUACCGAGGCGCUGAGCCACGAGUAUUUCGCCGACUAUCACGAUCCAGACGACGAGCCAGAGUUUGGCCACAUUGUGGAUGAGCCGUACGAAGGUCUAGUUUUACCUAUGGAGGCAUGGAAAAGCAUGAUCUGGAUGGAAAUCAUGAAUUUUGAAACGAAUCGGAUUGAGAAAUAACAUAUAGCCAUGCUGCACAGCGUGUUGUGUAUUUACCUGCCAAAUAUGCUGACAACACAAGUACUUCUGCUCGAUCACUUCUAAUACAUACUUCAAGUAGGAUUUGGAUUUUUGGAUGGCCAACAGAAUGAUAAGUUUUGCGACUAGUACUGUAUUAGCCGUGCAGACUUGAUAAAUUUGAUACACUUAUUGUUAGUCAUUGUCCUUCAAUAGAAGUAUGUGUUUUUAUGGUUAACGCUGUUGAAAUGAUAAUGAUGUUAUCUCAUUCGCAGAAGUGAAAUAGUGUUUUACACUAAACCAAAAAUGUGAAGUUUAUGCCUAUCUGCAGUAUAUGACAAUAAAAUGUAAACCGACAAGAGCAACCAAACGGUCCAAACCGUAAAUGCUGUUGGAUGCGGUUGGUACUUGAUACUGACUGAGUAACUGGACAUUUUUUGCUGUCUUUUUAGUUUUGCAAACUGGCAUUAGUAUUGUUGGUAC